CACUUCUUAAUAAUCUUAGUAAAAAUACGUUAUUUCUUUGUUAAUGUCUUAUUAAUGACUUGAAAAUUAGUAAAUCGAUUUUUUUGUUUGACGUGGAUAAAUUAGAAGUCAUUAUUUUAUGGUUCUAAGUAAUUAAUAAUAAAUGAGAAUUUGUUUUGAUAGUGCAUUUGCUAAUGAAGUUUUCGCAGCCGAUGGCGUAAUUCGUGGUAAAUAUUCUGAAUCUGUGUACGUGGUUUUCCACUUUCCGCGAAACGUAAAAGCAGCUGUGUUUAUUUAAAAAAAAUAUUAAUUUUCUAAAUUUAAACAAUAAUAAUAGUUAAUGUUAUUUGUUUGAAAAUUACUUGCAUUUCGAACAAAAACAAUGUUCCCAAUAAAAAAAGAAAACGUAGGCCAUUUGCAAUCUCAUAAUAUAAGAAUAUCAGAACUUAAUACAACACCUGAUGAAAUGACAGAACCUCGUAAGGUGAUUCACCUAGAAAAAGUGAGAAUGCUCAGCCGGGGCGCUCGUUCGUCAAUAAGGAUCACUAACGUGAAGUCCAUUAAGCCACCAGACCCUGAGCUGGUGAAGAAACAAGAAGAGGAGCAGCUUAGGGCACAGCUUCACAAAGAAAUCGUCUCACGUUCUCGUACAUGCGCUCACCGAGCCUACGAGUGUACAUUACCAGUGGUCACGGGUCGAGCGUACUGUGCUAAACAUAUCCUGGAUGAUUCCACCGCACCAUACAAGCAAUGUGCUCAUGUCGCCUCAUCUGGCUACAGGUGCAACUUACCCGCACCGAUUGAUAGAGAUCCUGGGUUAUGCUUCGAGCACGCCAGUGCAGCGUUCCAUGCCCGCCAGAGAAGCGCCGCGCCCCCUCCGCCCGUCACUACCCCGGAGUCACUGCUGAACCAGCUGCAGCACUACGUCCGUCCUGAACGCGCUCGUACAACAUCAUGUGCCUCAACGGUGUCGGUCGUCAGUGAUCCAUCAGAACAGGACCAAGGACCAACGCAUGCUGUUGAUCCAUUUAAGGAAAUUGAUGCUACAGCGGUAAACUCAAACGUAUCGUCGUCAAUAAUGGAAUACGCCAGUACCAGUGACAGCGAGUGCGAUAGUGUAACCCUCGGACCGGGCGGGGACUGCAGGCACCGGGACGCCUCCGACCACGAGGAGGCUCCCUGCGAGACCCAGCCGCUGUGGAAAGCAGGUGUAUUCACCGCAGAGGAAGCAGUAACUGAAGCAAAAAAUGUACUCCAAUCAUUACAAUCAGCGUACAUCAGACAAAUGGGCAGGUUGAGAACCUUGCUGCAAACUGCUAGGUUGCAGUAUGUGAGGUCUUUGAGAGCGGAAAAGGAACAAUACUGCUCUAUAAACACCCAAGCUCGUAGCGGUCCCCUCACAGUACGAGAAAGAAGGCAGCUCAGAAAGUUAAAAGCAUAUGCCGGCUACCAUAAAAAGCAUGGUGUUGAUGCUGUACUGGCUAGGAAGUUACACCAUAAAAGAGCUAGGGUAAACGACAUAUCCAAUAGGCACAUUCCAUUACACGGGAGGUGUACAUUCACUGAGGGUGGGGUUCGAUGUCCAACGCAUGCACUGCCCGCUGCUAAACACUGCAUGAAACAUAUACUGCAUGACAGACAUCAGGUAUUAUUCUCAGCGUGUGGAGACUCCCGGGGAGGGGCGGCGUGUCGCGAGGCAUUAGCAGACCUACCGCUACCCUCCGCGCUGUGUCGCUACCACGUCAUACCCCCCGUGUAUACUACGUUCACUCUCAAGAAAGAAGAAGCACCCACUCCAUUAAGCGAUACAUCGUCACGAGCAAGUUCAUACAUCUCUCACGCAGACCUUCCUUCAGAUAAUAAAGCAAACAUCGAGAUUGACUCCCUACAAGAACAAAUACAGUAUGACUGACAUUUAGAAUUUAGUCACCUGGAUUAUGAGGGUUUCUGGCCAGAGUAACAUACAAGAAAAACAAGAAAAAAAAACAGACAGACGGGAAAAAUAGUGUAUGUGUUAAAAGAGUGUUUAUCAGUGAUGCAAAAUAAUAAUAAUCUCAUUAAAGUGACAAUGUCUAGUGAUUAGUGACUCAAAAAACCUCUGAAAUUAGUUUUAUAAUAUGCAUAAGUGAAAUUCUGUGAUUUGUGCUAACUGGUUAAAAAAUAAAAAUAUGUACAUUUAUAUAUAAAAGUAUGAAAUGUGUUUGUGCAUAUGCAUUUAUAACUGAAAAUAUUAAUAUUAUAAUAAUAAUUAAUAAGUGUAAGAGGAUCUACUUCACAAUGGA